ACGCAUGCGCAUUGGCCUGGGCCACGUAAAAGUAUUGCAGUCAACAGAUCCACCGUGAAAACGUUGAACCAGAAGUCGUUGGAACUUUUGAACUCAUUUGUCCAUUGGAGUUAAUUUUCACAGUCACGAUGCCUCUGAGACUUGACAUCAAACGCAAGUUGUCUGCCAGGUCUGACAGGGUGAAGAGUGUUGAUUUGCAUCCUUCAGAGCCAUGGAUGCUGGCAAGUUUGUACAAUGGCAACAUACACAUUUGGAAUUUUGAGUCUCAGCAACUGAUCAAGUCAUUUGAAGUUUGUGACCUGCCUGUCAGAGCAGCAAAAUUUGUUGCGAGAAAGAACUGGGUCUUAUCGGGCUCUGAUGACAUGCAUGUCCGUGUGUUUAAUUACAACACACUGGAGAGAGUCCACCAGUUUGAGGCACAUUCUGAUUAUUUGCGCUCUAUUGCUGUUCACCCCACUCAACCAUUUAUCCUCACCAGCAGUGAUGACAUGCUGAUCAAGCUGUGGGACUGGGACAAAAAGUGGACCUGCACCCAAGUGUUUGAGGGACACACACACUACGUCAUGCAGAUCGUUAUCAACCCAAAGGACAAUAACCAGUUUGCCAGUGCCUCUCUUGACAGAACCAUCAAGGUGUGGCAACUAGGGUCUCCAACCCCAAACUUCACACUGGAAGGUCAUGAGAAAGGAGCCAACUGUGUAGACUACUACUGCUGGGGAGACAAGCCGUACCUCAUCUCUGGAGCUGACGACAGACUUGUCAAGAUCUGGGACUAUCAGAACAAGAUGUGUGUGCAGACAUUGGAGGGACAUGCCCAGAAUGUUGCUACAGUGGCAUUUCACCCCACUCUCCCCAUUAUCCUGACAGGAUCAGAAGAUGGCACUGUGCGCAUUUGGCAUGCAAAUACGUACAGGCUGGAGAGUACUCUCAACUAUGGUCUGGAGCGUGUAUGGACUGUGGCUUGUCAGAAGGGUUCCAAUAAUGUGGCUUUGGGAUACGACGAGGGCAGCAUCAUUAUCAAGCUUGGUCGAGAGGAGCCUGCCAUGUCUAUGGACUCUUCUGGCAAAAUCAUUUGGGCCAAACACUCAGAGAUUCAGCAAGCCAACAUCAAGACCAUGGGAGACCAAGAAAUCAAGGACGGGGAACGCCUGUCCCUGGCUGUGAAGGACAUGGGUAGUUGUGAGAUUUACCCUCAGACAAUUUCUCACAAUCCCAAUGGCAGAUUUGUUGUGGUUUGUGGAGAUGGUGAAUACACUAUUUACACUGCCAUGGCCCUGAGGAACAAAGCCUUUGGUUCUGCACAAGAGUUUGUGUGGAGCAAUGACUCCUCUGUCUAUGCCAUCAGGGAAGGCAGUACAUCCGUCAAAAUAUUCAAGAACUUCAAAGAGCAAAAGUCUUUUAAGCCUGACUUUGGUGCCGAGGGAAUCUAUGGUGGAAAUAUGCUGGGUGUUAGGUCUGUUAGUGGCCUGGCCCUCUAUGACUGGGAAACCACUGAGCUCGUGCGACGCAUUGAGAUCACUCCAAAACAUAUCUACUGGAGCGAGACAGGAGAACUUGUGUGUAUAGCCACAGAGGAUUCAUUCUUUAUCUUGAAGUACAACGCAGAGGCUGUGGAGAAUGCCAAGGAAUCCAAAGAUGCUGUUACAGAAGAUGGUGUUGAGGAUGCCUUUGAGGUACUGACAGAAAUUGAAGAGUCAGUGUCUACUGGUCUGUGGGUGGGUGACUGCUUCAUCUACACCAACAAUGUCAACCGUCUCAACUAUUAUGUGGGAGGAGAAAUCGUCACCAUUGCUCAUCUGGACAGGGUUAUGUACCUACUGGGCUACAUCCCCAAGGACAACCGCCUGUACUUGGGUGACAAAGAGCUCAACAUCAUCAGUUUCUCACUGCUGGUCUCCGUGCUAGAGUACCAGACAGCUGUCAUGAGGCGUGACUUUGACACAGCAGACAAGGUGUUGCCGACAGUCCCACGUGAACAGAGGACACGUGUUGCCCACUUCUUAGAAAAACAGGGCUUCAAGUCCCAAGCCAUGGCAGUCACCUGUGACCCGGAGCACAAGUUUGAGCUGUCCAUCCAGCUGUGCGACUUGCGGUCAGCGUAUGAUCUGGCCAAAGAAAGCCAGUCUGAACAAAAGUGGAAGCAGCUGGCUGAGCUGGCCGUACGCCGCUGUGAGUUUGGCCUAGCCCAGGAGUGUCUACACCAGGCCCAGGACUAUGGUGGUCUCUUGCUGCUGGCAAGUUCUGCGGGCAACAAAGACAUGGUGGGCCGUCUUGGCGAGGCAGCUGGAAAGUCAGGACAGAACAAUGUGGCUUUCCUGUCUAAUUUUGUCCUCGGAAGGUGUGAGGAAUGUUUGGAGAUUCUCAUCAACACUGGCAGACUUCCAGAGGCAGCAUUUUUUGCUAGAACCUACCUGCCAUCGCAGAUCUCAAGAGUGGUUUCACUGUGGAAGGAGAAUGUGGCAGCUGUUAGCCAAAAGUCUGCUGAUUCCUUGGCCGACCCAACAGAUUAUGAGAACUUGUUUCCUGGCCUGAGGGAUGGCUUCAAGACAGAGCAGUUCCUCAAACCUCAAAGGGAGAAGGUCUUGCCUGCUGCAGCGUACUCCAAGAUUACUAGUAAUGCAGAGCGCAACCCAGUUGAAGAAAUGAAGCAAGCUGAGGAGAGUGGCAGCUUUGUCUAUGCAGCUCCAAUUGGGGAUGACGAAGAUGGGGAAGAGGAAGAGGACUUUGAGGAUGUGGCUGAGAAGCCUGUUGUUAAGUCAGAAGAACCAGUUCAGUCGCCGGCUGCCCCCGCCCCUACCCCUGCUGCUCUGGCUCCUACCCCUGCUGCUCCAGCUCCUACCCCUGCUGCGCCAGUCAAACCUGCUGAGCCAGCACCAACACCAGCACAAGAGACUCCAGCAGCUGCCAAGCAGUCUGUGGAAGACUUGGAGAAGGAGCUUGAACUGGAUCUUGAAAAUGUCAAUAUUGAGGACCUUGAGGGUGCUGACAUGAACCUUGAUGAAGAUGACUUAUUACAAGACUAGUAUUCACCUGGGGCCACAGUGAUUUAUCUCUCACUGCAUUGAUCUUUGUCUCCUGCCAUUCAUCAAUUACUGAUUUUACAACUUGGUAUCCUAUCCUACAUAUGUAUUAAAUGGCUGACUUGUUUGAAUGUAGCGAUUGUGAGUUACUUCUUAGUUUUGUUUGUCAUGGCAAUGAUUUGUUUCUAUUUGUGAUCACCACUGACCAAUUCAGUUGAAUGGGCAAGCAAGUCGUUGAUGCGAAAGUGUCUUAUAUGUUGGUACGAAUGCAAUUUAUAAUCUGUUCAUUUUCUUUGAAUUCUAUGUUAGGAGGUUGUUUUUUUUUAAGAUGGUAGAAUAUUAUCUUACCAACAGAGCAAUACACUUCUGCGGCCUUGAUGUUCCUAUUGUAUGGUGAGAACAGGGUAAAGUGUACGAUUCCAUAAAAUUCUAUGAUGUUCUUGUCUAUUGUCGGACAAUGCAUUAUUUUAUCAUCUAAGAUAAUUUUUUAAGUUAUUUGGCUCAAACAAGUGACAUAAUAUUAUUUAUGUGAGGAAGAGAGAAAUGCACUCUUUUAAUUUAUAAGAAAAGUCUUGCAAAAUAAAAAGGUGCCGUUAUUGAACAGAGGGUGAGUGGGAUAAAAUAAGUGUGAAUGUGCUUUUUGUUGUUGCAUUAAAAAAAUGACAAUUGUGAUAUAUUGCUCUGGUGGUGUAUUUGUUGUUAAAGUUUUUUUAGUAGGGCCUGCUGGUUCAUUCUGCAUGUUGGGGUCAACUGAAAAGUCCCAUGCUCAUGAUGUAGUCUGUGACAUUUCUUGGAGUGUGACACAUUCAUGCUUGUGUCUGGAUGACUUUUUUUUUUUUUUUUUUUUGGUUGUACGUCAUUGUCUGAAGUUGGUGAAAGUCUUCGUUUGAGUUUGAGUGUGUCCAUGAUUUCAUCAAAUUGAUAUAAUCUGGACCUACUGUAAAUAUUAAUGUACAGUUCAUGAUCUUAGUGAUGUUCCCAUCUUACCGUGUAUUGGAUUCAUUCCAAGGGUUCGUUAUUAUUCUCAAACUAUUCUCAAAAGUUAAUAAUAUAAUACAUGUAUGUUUGCGAAGAGAUUUGGGAAAAUGUGGGCAACUCUUUGUAAAUGGAUUCAAGCACUGUGAAAAAUGUUCAGGAUAUUGUGGACCUCAGUCACUGCCAUGUUGGUAUCAUUGGUUGGUAUCCAUUUAAGUUCAGGUGCUUCUGAUUUUUUUUUCCUUUUUUUCGUCUGUAGACUCCCAUACAUAGGCCUACAUGUAGAAGAAAAAGAACAAGUAAACAUGUUACAGCAGUGAAUAAUGUCUGGACUUUUCAAAAUAUUAUGUUUAAUAUCACUUACAAAGGUUUAUUUUUAAAUGAGAUUUAUUUUGUCACAAAAAGAUCAGAAGUGCUUGUAUUAUAUUGUCUACUGCUAAGGUGCAGCCGAAUUGCCUAACAAUAUUGUUCAUGGUGGACUCAGUAUGCCAGGAGCUGGUUCUUACAACUCAGCAUAGUGGAAUACUGAUAAAGGUACUUUACUUUCAAUAAAUAUGAGGAAAGUA